UCUAAGUUCACCAACAUACAUCCGCAGUUCUCAGAUGGCACGAUCUAAUUCUCGUCUCUAGAAAUAUCCAAUCCUACUAUACGCACCUCACAAAUACGCCGGACUUUGGCGCUACAAAAACACUACCUCCAUUUUCCAAACAAUGUCGCUCAUUACCGGUGAUAUCUGUCUCACGAGGCUUUGGGAGGACUCCCAGACACCUGGUAAUGAAGGAGCUGUGGUCAGGCUGUGGAGCCAUCUGUUCAUGAAACAUCUCUUCUCCGGAAAAGACUGGGUUGUAUUCUAUAGGCCCACGCCAGAUGAUUGUCCCCGUCAACGACUGGAUAUUACUAUAGAGCUUUAUAAUAUACGUGAUGCCAAUUUCGAUGUCGAUUGUCGAUGUCGAUGUUGACGUCGAUAUGAUGACAUUUUGCAUUUAUGAACCUGUGGCGAUGGAUCCCAGUCUUCAGGAUCUUGAUGGGCUUAUGAGACAUGCAUUCACAGUCUGUAUGGCCUAUCUUCUAAGUCACCAUAAUUUGUCAAAGGUGUACGCGUUCACGGCAUUUGGUACUAAGUGUAGAGUAUGGUCUUGCUCAAAGGAGGAUGAAUGGCUGGAGCCGCUGUUUGGCUCGGUGGAUGGGUCUGAUUCUCGAGGUUACGUUGAUAUCCACUCGCCUGAGGCUUUCCGGAUCAAUGGAGAAUGA